GACGGCUCCUUCCCCACCUUUUGUUUCUCCAGUUCGAUUCGCCUGAGCCUCACCCAUCACCCAUCACUCGUUCAUUGACGUCGUCGACCUGAAGCUACAGCCAUGGCAUUGUCUAAGCAGCUCGAAAAGCAGCUCAAGGAACUUCGCGAUCAUCCCGACAACAAGAAGUGCUUUGACUGCGGUGCCAAGAAUACCAUCUAUGUCAACAUUACGGCUGGCACGUUCGUCUGCGAAUCGUGCGCCGGCAUGCUGCGCGAUUUCAGCCAGCGCCUCAAAUCACUCACGAUGGCCAAGUUCUCGGCCGAGGAAGUCCAGCAGCUCUGUCAUCAGGGCAACGGCGCCAUGCGCGCGGUCUGGCUAGGCAGGUAUUCGGCGCGCGACUUUCCCGAGCCAGAGCAGAAGGACACGGAGCGCAUCCGACAGUUUAUGGACCUCAAGUACACAAAGAGGAAGUACUACCUUCCCCCAGGCGAAGCUCCCGUAGCGCAAAUCUCACAGCAACUUGCCAAUACCCACGUGUCAUCGUUGCCGGGCCCCGGCGGACUCCGGCUGCCGUCCGCGGAUGCCGUCGCUGCUGCCGCUGGUCCCUCACACAUCACCGCCCCUGCCGAGCACCUUCUCGGCUCCAACUUGCCGCCAAUCGUGAUUCAGAGCAAAUCCUCCGCCGGAAGCACUGCUUCGCAAUCGCAAAGUUUGUUUGGCUCGUCCGAUCCGUUUGGUGCCGCCGCACCCCCUGCUGCUGCUGCUGCUGCCGCGCGACCUGCUGCGGCUCCUGCCAAGCCCCAGCAACAAGAUUUGCUUGCUGAUGUUUUCGGCUCUGGUCCCGCGGCGCCGUCCAAACCCAACGGUCCUGCCGCCAAUGGAUGGAAUACCGAUUUUGGUGCGUUCACAGCGUCCGGUCCCGCUCAAACUGCUAAAGCCCCGGCAGCGUCAGCUCCGCCGGCAGCCGACAAGUAUUCAGCCCUCAAAGAUUUGAUCGGCUCGACCACGUAUGAUUCGCCCUCUUCUGCACCUGCCGCUGCACCGAAUGCGUUUGGUGGUGCUCCCAAUGCCUUUGGUGGUGCUCCCAAUGCUUUUGGCGGCGCUGCUCCUAACGCUUUCGGCGCUGCUCCCAAUGCUUUUGGUGGUGCUCCCAAUGCUUUUGGUGGUGCUCCCAAUGCUUUCGGCGCUGCUCCCAAUGCUUUCGGCGGUGCUCCUAACGCUUUUGGCGCUGCUCCUAAUGCUUUUGGCGCUCCUAAUGCUUUCGGCGGUGCUGCCACUGCUGCUCCCAACGCAUUUGGCGCUCCCAAUGCAUUCGGAGCUGCUCCCAACGCCUUUGGUGGAGCCGCUGCUGCCCCGAACGCCUUUGGCGCGCCGAACGCUUUUGGCGGUGCUCCUAACGCUUUUGGCGGCGCUCCUAACGCUUUUGGUGGUGCUCCCAACGCUUUCGGGGCACCGGUGGCUGCUGGCGGUCCCAAUGCGUUUGGCGCUGCCCCGAAUGCGUUUGGCGCUCCUGCUGGCAACGUGUUUGGCUCCCCGGCUGCUCCUGCCAACCCUUACGGUGCUCCUGCGGCCGCCCCAGGGAACCCGUACGCUCAGAAUAUCUUUGGCGCUCCUGGUCCUGCUGCUGGCAAUCCGUACGCCGCCACACCUGCCGCCGCUGCCAACCCCUACGGUGCUGCCCCUGCUGCCGCUGCCAAUCCCUUCGCCUCCUUUGGUGCAGAGCCUGCCAAGCCCGCCGCUGCCUCAAAUGCAUUCGGCGACCUUUCUCCAUUUGCAGGCAAGCCCGCAAGCACUUUUGGCGCCCCCGCCGGUGGUGCUGCUGCCAAUCCUUUCGGCGCCCCCGCUGCCGCCUCCAAUCCGUUUGCUAACACUGCUGCUGCAAGCCGCCCCAGCAACGCAAACCCAUUUGGCCUUUAAACAGACGUUGUUCUGCAACUGUUUGGAUGCACUCCAUUGUUGAUUUUGUUGGCUUUUGUUGUUUUCUCUUUCCCUCUCUCUCUCCCUCUCGGUUUGGUGUCUCUGUGUUGACCAUUUGUCUGAUGCAGUCGCGUUGAAUAUGACUCUUGAAGCCCCCCAAGCCGCAAUCCAC